ACAAAAUUACUCUUGUCUGUGGUCUCAAUUUAUUUCCACGGAUUUUUCCAUUUUCCAGGAAGAAAAUAAUGUCUAUCCCGUACAGUGGUACUAUAAGAAGGUCUGGUGGAGUGGUAUCCGCAAUUGGAAAACAAUUACGAGCUGUGAAUCUUAAAGCUGCUAAACGAAUAACUGUUAAAUUUGAUCCUUUUGGUGAUAAUGUAGUACACACAAGGAAUUUCUUACAUUUUAUGAGCUCACCAAAAAUUAUUUUAACAAAUCCUAACUGUGUCCUUAAAACUGAGAUUGUAUGUGACCGCAGUGAACCAACAGUAGACAUUACCAUUGUACCCUCAAUUGCUGAAACAGCUAAUAUUAAAAAAGUUACAUUAAAAAGUGGUAAUCUAACUUGUUUAGAACUUCUACAGUUAUUGAACAAGCAUAUCACAACAUUGGCACCCGCAGACCAAAUAUCAACUACAAUAACAAAAUCAGAAAAGAAAGGCAAAAAGAAGUAAUCAAAUAUGAAAUCCACCAAAGGAAGCCUUUAUGUAGUAGAUGAGAUUUACAAACAUUUACCAGCAUUCACAGAUGUUUUCUCAGAAGACACAUUUUAUGUGUUUGUGGUUAUAUUUGUGUCAUGUACAAUAAUG